AUGGAAUUAGAGGUGGUGUUUUUCGAACAUGGCGGCAAAAGGAUCGGUUGGUCGAUAAUGGAAACUCGAUCGAUGAGCCUCAGACACAUUGCUGGCCUAGGGAACAUGAUUGUUUCAAGAAGCAAAGAACUUAUCCGCAAGUUGAAACGAGCUGGCGUUGGCAGUCGUCCGGUGAUAUGGGUGACUCAUUCUAUGGGAGGCAUUCUCGUCAAAGAAAUGUUACAUUUGAUGGACGUAGACCUGGCUUCUGCUGCCCUCGCCCCUGACAUGUUAGACAGCACGAUAGGGUGCGUGUUCUAUUCGACCCCUCAUCUUGGUGUUCCGUUCAUUUCUAAUCUUUUGGAACGAAGUUACAGGUUUUUUCUUCUACCUUCUGUGGAAAUAAAGUAUCUCUGUGAAGAUUCACCACAACUGAACUCGCUUAAUGCGUCUUUUAUUGAUUUGCUCAAGCGGAAGGAAAUUCCUUGCCUGUCGUUCAUAGAAACUGUCCCAACGAAGCUUCCCUGGACAAACUACAGGACUGUCCUGGUGCCUGAGAAGUCGGCGAAUGUCAUUCCCGGUUAUUGUUAUCGUCUCAACGAAAGGCAUCUGAACACCUGCAAGCCAGAAACACGCGAUUCAAUAAACUAUCGAGCUCUUUAUCAAUUUAUUGUGCAGCUUUUGCAAGAUUAA